AUGAAGAUAAAUAACUUUGCGUGUAUAAUGGCGGCGUCAAGUGGUUCGACGAGUCCCAUUCACUGGUCAUCAUGCUCACUUGAGUACUUAGCAUUGGCAUUUGAGCACGGAAUGGACUACUGCCUUCGCAACAAACCCGCAAAGUUAUUUGACAGCCCGAUCUGUGGCAACGGGUUCGUGGAGCCUGGAGAGCAAUGCGAUUGUGGGCUAAAGGAAAAUUGCGACAAUCCGUGUUGCAACGCCUCAACUUGCAUGCUGCAUUCAAAUGCCAGCUGCGCGACGGGGGAGUGUUGCGAUCUAAAGACAUGCAAACCCAAAAACGCCGGCGUUGAAUGUCGGAAUGCCGAACACGAAUGCGAUUUGUCGGAGUACUGCACUGGGCAGAGCGAAUUCUGUCCCAAAGACGUUUUCAAGAUCGAUGGAGAGAGCUGCAAUAUGGGCAAGGCAUUCUGCUAUCAAGGAAGCUGCAGGACUCACAAUGAUCAAUGUAAAUUGCUCUGGGGUCCCAGUGGCUCUUCCUCAGAUUCUCAAUGCUACAAUAUGAAUAACAAAGGCACCAAGUUGGGCAAUUGUGGAUACAAUCGAUUGAAUUCUAGUUACAUCAAAUGUGAUGAUCCAAAUAUUUUAUGUGGAAUGCUGCAUUGCAAACAUUUAAAUGAAAGACUGGAAUUCGGCAUGGAGUCGGUAGCAAUAUUGAGUCAUUCAUUCAUCAACAACGGUGGUAAAAUAAUAGCAUGCAGAUCAGCGAUGGUUGACUUGGGUCUCAAUCAGGUUGAUCCUGGAUUAUCACCCGACGGCGCUAAGUGUGCGCCAGGAAAAAUGUGUGUAAAUCAAAAAUGUAUGCCGAUAGCAGAUCUAAGAACAAUUACAGUUGGCCGUAAUAUAUGCCCAAAUAAUUGCGGUGGCAAUGGCGUAUGUAAUAGUUUAGGACAUUGCCAUUGUAAUCGUGGUUUUCGACCACCGGAUUGUGUUCAACCUGGAUACGGUGGAUCUGAUGACAGUGGACCUGCCGAAGAUCCUAAUGCGAGAAACGACUUCGUAACAGCUCUCUACAUAAUUUUCCUCGGUAUAGUACCGACAAUAUCAUUAAUAUCUUUCUUCGUUUGGUACCGAAAAAAUAAUCCAUCACGCCCCGGCUGGAAGAAGGAUAUUUUAUCACCACACGAACGUGGAUUCGUCAAGACGAUAGACCGACCGGCAUAUCCCCACCCACUGACCGGGAUCGAGACAAUAGACUCUACCUUAUCAUCGGAUCCAGCGUGCGCGAGUCUCCUUCCCAAGCCCGAGAACGAAGAAAACUUCAGGAACAAUAUGUUCGGGCACUUCAAAGGGUUCACACUUAAGCCGCUGCCAGAGGAUUCACAAACCAGCCCUCCACCCGUCCCAGGGUUCCCAGCCUUCGUCCCUCCCGGCCCAGCGCUGCCACCCCUGAACCCCGGUAGCACAGCCCGCCCUCUAAUUAGCAGUCCAGUCCUAGCUGCCACUACAUGCACCACAAUGGAACUGCCAGUUCCUACCCGACCGGCUCCAGAUGUGCCCGCUCGCCCCCUAGAGACACUCGAGUCAACUACUUCUCUGUCCCAGUCGUCGACAUCUCCCGCCUUAGCGUCCCUGCCCUCCAUUUCCAUUGACGACAGGUCCAAGUCGUCGACCCUUAACCGAAUUGCCUCCAUUUUGCGACCUCAAGCUCCAAAAACUCGCCAUCAGAAGGCGAUAAAGGUCGACAAAGAAAUCCUCCGUAAUCUGGAAAUUUCUGCCCCGAUUCCGCAGCAGAAUAUCCAGAUUACAGGGUCAAAUCUCGUACUGCCAAAUUCUACAGAUUCCGUAGACGGUUCAUUGGAAAUCUGCCCUAAAGUUUCAGAGGACAAAAAGGUAGUGAUGCGUGCACAGAGCAUGCGUGAUAGCAAACAACCAAGACCAGCAAUCCACUCGUUUGGGUCCAUGCGCUCCACCCUGAAGCGGCCUUCCUCAAUUCCAAACAAUCGGCCUACCGCGCCACCACCUCCAGUCCCCAAACAGGAGACCCUGAACCUGGAUCUCAAGAUUCCUGGGCUACCGGGCUACCAGACGCCGAUUACUCAAGCAAACUUAGUUGGGAAACAGGAGGAAUACGAUGACUGUAUGAACCUUGUCCGCGAGAAGUCUUGCGACAACAUCUAUGCGGUGAUCGAAGAAGUUGAUGAUAAAACUUACAAAGUCCCCAAACCGGUGGACAACGGACUCGGCCUCCUAGGAGAGAUUGUCUCUGAGAUUUCCCACAGAAACUUUGACUCGAUUUACUCGAGUUCAACUUUGAAAAGGAAGGAAAAAGAGAAAGCUGAUGGGAAUUACGUGAAUGCUAAUGCGAACCACUAUAAGUCUCCAGCUAGUAUUUACUCGAACUCCUCCACGGCUAUGUCCGCGGUCCUGUCAGAAACUUCUUCCGGAUACUUGCUACCCUCUGCUGUUAACGUGCCUUGUCUGGGAGGAAAAGCUCCUGGAAAUCUGGGAGAGAAAGGGAAGAUCGAGGACAAGUUGAAUAGGUUGGAGUCUAGCAAUCCGAAUGUCAAUGACUCGAUGUCCAAGGCUCUGGGGAUGAAACCUCCGAGUCCGGUCAAGGCCGGGAAGAAAGAAGAGAAUUUAAAGGGAAGAAAUUCUAUGAAUGAGAAAAGUCAGAAAAAAAAGAUUGGAAGACAAGAAUCUGAUGGGGGUCUUCAGGGGAAAGGCACUGGGAAUGAUGAUGGGAAGGUUAUAAGUCCUGAUGUUGUUACUAGUUGUAGUUCUACGAAGGCUACUGAGCCUGAUGUUUUAAGCGGAGGGAAUCUAGGAAGUACUGGAAGUUCAGACGGCAAAGGCGGAAAUUUAGGAAACAAAGGAAGAACUUUUGGUACUAAUCAAGCAAAUUUAGGAAAUAAUAAUAAGGGAAAUUUGGGAACUUAUGAAAAAAAUAUAGAAGAAAAUGGAAAUUUGGGAAAAAAAGGAAUGACUAGUUCAGUAAAGAAAAAUGAAGAUAAUAAAAAAAGUAAUAAAAAUUCAGAAGAAAUGUUGAGAAGUUUUACUGGGAAAGGGAGUUUUGAAAGUAGUGGAGGCUUAGGAGAUAAAGAAGGAAAUUCUAAAAGAAUUUUAGGAGUCAAUGGAAAUUCUGGAGUGAAAGAAGUCUUGGAAGAUGAUGGAAAGAAAGAAAAUUUAGGAAGAAAUGAAAGUCAUGAAGAAAAAGGGGGAAAUGACACGAAAGAUAAAACAAAGCCUCCAACAAUGAACAAAGGUAAAGUAGUCAUAAGACCCAGUAGUAUUGUUGCUAAAGCAGCGACAUUUGUUGAUCGGAAAAAAUCGCCAACUUACGGAGUGAAAUCAGUGACAUCAGGGUUGAAAACUCCUCCCUCGCCGUCCGGAAGCAAUAAGUCAGUAGGUGGCGUUGCGGGAACAAAAAGUUCGGUCACCGGUGGUAGUACUAAAAACUCCGUAGGGAGUGGAGCUGUUACUAAAGAAUUAGUUAAUAAAGUUGACAAAAAUCUGGGAAGUCCAGUUAAAAAAGCCGCUAGUAGCAAAACAAAUGUUGCGUCUUUACAACAGAAGUUUGAGCCGAAAUUUAUUAACAUGAACGCCGGAAAGAAUGUGAAGAAACCCGGGGGCAAGUAA